GAACUUUCUUCCCUGACGCGCCUGUGCUCUGCAAUGCAACACCUUACCGAGUAGGAGGGACGAGUCAUCAAACCCUCAUCGUCGUGUGCCAGCGUCGCUUCAAAUCGUAAUAAUAUUUUUUUUACGGAUCAUCGGUAUUUGAAGGAUGACUGUCAAACAAUUCGUCAGUAGAAGCUAUACUCUUGCAAAUAUCUAUCGAGACUUUUAAACCGAGCCAGGCGGUGAUUGGGCGUCUAGCAGUCACGCGGUGGUGUGCGGUCGCCGUGCCCUGCCUCGAGCAGCACUGAGCUCCUCCGCCACAGCUCGAGCAGCGGUUCAGUCUGGAUCCUCCGCGCACAGCCUACAACAAUCACUCACAAUUGCAGGAGCCCCCUUUUCUUCUUUUGGAAGAUAAUUCUUCACCAUGGGCGACAAAAAGAGCCCUACCAGGCCAAAAAGACAAGCAAAACCGAGUGCCGACGACGGCUAUUGGGACUGUAGCGUCUGCACCUUCAAGAACACCGCCGAGGCUUUCAAAUGCAGCAUCUGCGAUGUGAGGAAGGGCACAUCCACAAGGAAACCCAGGAUCAACUCUCAGCUGGUGGCCCAGCAGGUGGCGCAGCAGUACCCCAUGCCCCCGCCGGCCAAGAAGGAGAGACGGGAGCGCAGCGACCGCUCGGACAAGGACCGCCCCGACGGGGACGGGGAGCGGGCCGACGGCGAGGGCCCCGGCGACAUGGAGGGCCAGCACCCGGGAGCGGAGGGCCGACCCUACGGCGAGGGCCGCCCGGAGGCUGAGCGCCCGGAGCGGGUAGUCCCCAGGCCCGAGGCCGAGACCCCCGAGAAGGACACGGACAAGGAGAAGGAGACGGGCAAGGAGAAGGAGAAGGGCAAGGAGAAGGGAGACAAGGACAAGGAGAGUCCGCCCGCCAUCAAGGACAAGCCGGACCGGGAGAAGGACAUCAGCCUGGCCGUCACCAAGAAGCCCGGCAGCAAAAAGAACAGACCCAAGACAGACCACCAGAGCCCACCCAGCGACAAACACAGCAUACAGUCUGGGAAGUCUGCAACCAAGACCAACAAGACCAAGACAAGCUCCCACAUCUCCAGGCCCAAGCUGAAGAACGUGGACCGGAGCACCGCCCAGCAGCUGGCCAUCACCGUGGGCAACGUGACGGUGAUCAUCACAGACUUUAAGGAGAAGACGCGCUCGUCCUCCACGUCCUCGUCCACCGUCACGUCGUCCAGCGCCGCCUCCGAACACCUGCACCAGAGCUCCGGCUCCGAAUGCAUGGACAAGGGCUCGUCCCGCGCCUCCACCCCCAAGGGGGACCUCUCCGUGGGGCACGACGAGUCGUUCUAAAGGUGGGGGGGACGCUCCACCUUUAGAACGGACAGAGGGCGGCACCGGAGUGGUGGUCCCGACUCCCCGACGUCCUCUAUCCACUUUGACCGUCGACUCCCCCUCCCCUCCACCUCCCACACCUCCCCUCCACUUUGGAUCCCUAGAGCCCCCCCCCCCCCCCUGGGGUGGACUGACGGGAACCCGCCGGAUGGAGAUGUUACCAUGGCGACAAUGGAGAAGCCAUCAGCCUGCUCUGAAGCGAGC